UCGGGGGGGGGGGUUUCGGACGGAGGGGGACUUUGGACUGAAACAACAAAACGCGCUCUCAGAUUCGCCGAGGCUGCGAAAGGAACCAGGCUGACUGAGAGGUCGUUGUUGGGUUUUUUUUCUUUCUACGCGGAUUAUCGAUAUUUGAUACUGGGUUUGGUUUUUUUUUUUUUAGCGCUUAAUUUUUCAGCCAGCAAAAUGUUUCCAGCGAUUCCGAAAACUCUGCUGGUGGUUCUGGCCUGUGCGUGUGCGGCCACGGCCGAAGCCAAAAACGGCACCAUGCGGCCGCGGACCUUUGUCAUUUUUGGCCAGUUGGGCACAGAUGAACCCAUAGGCCAGGAUUAUCUCUAUUCAGACAAGGACGUGACCAGAUUCAAUUCUUCUGCAAGCGGUCGGGUGAGCAACGUGAGCAGCGGGCCGGAGAUCUCCGAGGAAGCGCUGCUGUUUCUCACAGGCUCCGUGUCCACCAUCCUCAUGCCUUCCUUCUACACGCUGGUCUGCCUCAUUAGCCUGCCGAUCAACGCCUGUGGGGUGGUGGCCUUCGGUCUGAGGAUCCGGCCCAAGAAGCCGGCAGUGAUCUAUAUGUUGAACCUGGCCUGUGCCGAUCUGCUCUUUGCCACGCUGCUCCCCUUCAAGAUCUCCUACCACUUUGGCGGCAACAACUGGAUUUUCGGCCCGCUCAUGUGCAGUGUGGUCACCGCCGCCUUUUACUGGAACAUGUAUUGCUCCGUUCUGAUCAUAGCCUGCAUCAGUGUGGACCGUCUCCUUGCUGUAGUCUAUCCUAUAGACUCCCUGUCUUGGAGGAGGCCGCAGAACGCAGUCAUAGCCUGCGCAGCCAUGUGGAUAUUAUCCUUCGUCGGCACCGUGCCCCUCGUCCUCUCCAACCAGACCGUCCACCUUAGCCAGUUGGGCAUCACCACGUGCCAUGAUGUCCAGUCCGCCCAUAAGGUCAUCUGGAACUACAAGAUCUACUUUAUCACCCUGUGCUGCGCCCUCUUCUUCCUGCCUCUGCUCGUCACAGUGGUGUCCUACGCUCGGGUGAUCUUGUCGCUGAGCAGGGUCCCGUCCGGGGUCCUAGGGCGUUCGCGCAGAAGAAAAAGAGCGGCGGUGAUGGCUUUAACGGUGCUGGUGAUAUUCGUGCUGUGUUUCUUGCCCACAAACUGUCUGCUGGUAGCCCACUACCUGCAGUUUAACGAAGGUGUUAUGAAGAGCCAAGAGACCCCCGAUGGCUCCUACGCGGCCUAUCUGGUGUUCAUGUGUUUGGGGAGCCUGAACUGCCUCCUGGAUCCCCUGGUCUACUACUUCGGCUCCUCCCAAUGCCAGAGGCAACUGUCCAGAGCGCUGAGGUGUCAGAAGACUUCAAAGGGCAAUAGCUUCAGUCAAUCAUCAUCCGAUUCAUGCCGAUCGAGCACCACAACAAUUCUGAAAUCCAGCCGUGCACUGAGCUCCGAGAUACACGCUCCAGUUACCAAAGUAGACUCUUUCCAAACAAACCUCAACAGCCAGUACAAGAAACUACUGGUCUGAUAGUCCUGUCACAUUGAGCAGAUGUGGCUGCACGACUUAACUGACUCUCACCUGUGGUGACUUUUAAAGGUCAUGAAACAGCAGACCCCCUUUUU